ACGUCAAAUUUUUAUAUACUGAACUAUUAAAAUUACAUAUAAUUUUUGUCAAAAAAGUAAUAAAUGUUUUAUUUUAAUUUUUAUUUUUUGAGGAAAGUAGAUAGAGGCUAGAGCGUAAAUUCAAAAAAAAAUGAAAGAUAGGCUCUACUGCUUUGCCAGUUUAUUGAUCAAGCAGUCUAUUCUGUGAAUAUUAUUAAAAGCUAAAUUGACUUUUGAAAGAGUCAGUUAACAUAGUCAACGAAUAUAAUAAUGUAAUACAAUUUGGCUACACUCCCCUUUUUUAUUUGACAAAGAAAAAUUUUGUUUAUUCGAUUAAUAUAUGUAUGUAAUUCAUUAAAAAACACAUACAAAACUGUUGGAAGGCGUUUUUUGAAUGGAACAAAGUAAAGAUAUCAGAGAAAUAUUCUUAAAGAUAUAAUAUUUCCUUUAUUAAACCUAAAUUAAAAAAAACAAUGCCAUCUCAUAGAACAUCAGAACAUGGAUAUUCCAUAUAUGUGGGUUUGAUAUUUGUUUUUAAUUUGAUAGUAGGUACUGGGGCCCUUACACUUCCCUCAAUAUUUCAUCGGGCUGGAUGGAUCUUAAGUACAGCCGUUAUUAUAGUUUUAGCCUUCAUUAGCGGAGUAACAUCAACUUUUGUAAUAGAAUCGAUAGCAUGUUCUGCGGCAAUAUCUAAGUGGAAAAGUUUGCAAUCGAGGAGACGUGUUGCAGAUAAUGAAAUACGAACUCAUGAAAAUGCUGAUGAAGUAUUAAACGAAUCAAAUGAAUCUGAAAACGAUACGCAAGGGGAAUCUUUGCUUCUGUCUUCAAGAUCAUUUUAUAGACUGGACCAAAAAAUUGAAAUGGGAGAAAUGGCAUCAAUUUUUUUUAACGAUGCCGGUAGAACUACUUUUUACGUUUGUUUUAUAACAUAUUUGUAUGGAGAUUUGAGUAUAUAUAGUGCAGCGGUAGCGAAAUCUUUACGAGAUGUUUUUUGCCAUUCGUUGAAUGCUUCAUACUCAAAUAAUAUAUCUGAUAACUUUGAUGCUCUGCCUUGCUGGCCUGAACGCACAGUUACCAGACUAGAUGCUUAUAGAUUUUCUUUAGUUACUUUUGCUGUUCUUUUGGGACCUUUUGUUUUCUUCAAUGUGCAAAAAACAAAGUAUAUUCAAGUAGCAACAGCUAUUUUUCGUUGGUUUGCUUUUUUAGUAAUGAUAACGAUAGCGGUGGUGAAAAUCUUUACGGAAGGUCCUCAAAAAAAUCCACCAAUGAUAAAUUUCAAUGGUUUGCCAGCACUUUUUGGAGCAUGUGUUUAUUCAUUUAUGUGCCAUCAUUCUUUACCUAGCUUAAUAGCACCUAUAAAUAAUAAGAGCCAUAUUAAGGUGUUUAUGGGUUUGGACUACCUGAUGAUUUGUUCAUUUUACGUUUUACUAGCUAUAACGGGCGUAUUUGCUUUUGCAAAUCUAGAAGACUUGUACACAUUGAAUUUUAUACCAAAAUCAGAACAAAAUAUGGGUUUUUUAAAGAUUAUUGAGUACUUCCUAGCUUUAUUUCCAGUAUUUACUCUCUCUGCAAGUUUUCCUGUCAUAGCAAUCACUUUAAAAAAUAACUUACAAACCUUAUUUUCUGGAAGAAUCAGGGACCGUUCAUAUAGUAGCAUCAUAAGGCGUGUGGUGUUUCCUCUGCUAGCUAUAUCUCCACCGAUAAUAGUAACGUUUUUUACGGAAAGUGUUACAAAUUUAGUUAGUUUUACUGGUUCUUAUGCUGGUACGUCUAUUCAAUACUUUAUACCUGCUGUUCUAGUAUAUUUAGCACGAAAAGUUUGCAAAAAUCUUUUGGGAGAUGGAAUAGUUAACAAGUACCGCAGUCCAUUUCAAAGUAAACUGUGGAUAAUUUUUGUUAUAAUUUGGGCAAGCGGAUGUCUUAUAAUGGUAACUAUUAAAUUUUCGAUUGGGUAGUAAGAAAAUCAAUAAUAAAAAGAAGGAUAAUGGUUAAAUUUCUGAAUAAGUAUGAAAAAAAAAUUUUGUAAGUAAUUUGAACUUUGUGAUCUACUAUUUAAUACCAAAAAUGAUAUUUUAAUUAAUAAAUUUAAAAUGAAUUCUAUUUUUUACUCUCAAUAAAUAUUAUGUAAAAAAUC